AUGGAAUCAUCAUCUGUAAAUCUCUAUUCCAGAAAGCGAAAGAAGCAAUCUCCAUCACUACCCAAUCCUUUAAUCGGAAUCUUCACGCGUAGCAAGUCUCAGGUGUAUGUCCACCGCAAUCGCUCCGGCUGGACCCGUCCCGAUGCUACUCGAAAAUCGAUCUCCCACUCUUGUUCAAUCAGCUCAAACCCAUUUCCGGGGAAACCUAACUCAGUUCAAGCCGGACCCCUGAAGGAGACCGGGAUUGAACCAGUAGAAGCUUAUCUGGAAUUGAAUGAUAAGAUUAAUUGUCGGAUCUCGUCAAUUAAAGAUCUCCGGGCCCGCAGGGUUUUCUCUCCUGCUGUUAGUCCGAUUCUUGAGGCAGAGGAGGGGAAAAUAAAUGAGAACUCAAAGUUAUUGCAGACUGUGGGUCUGGAUACGGAUUCAGAUCGGUGUAUGGAUCUGGAUGUGGGUGAUAAAGAGGUGGAGAAGCGUAAACAAUCUGUUGAGACAAUACCAUCGGAUGCAGAUGCGAAGGAAAAUAAUAGCAAAAAUGGUUUGAAUUUGAUGAAGGAUAAGGCGAUUUCAACGAACAGGUCUAUUUCCAGAAGUAAAACGGUUCUGAAUUCGUGUGCCAAAAGGAAGGUUUUCAAGACCCCGAGCUCUUUUAACUAUGGAAGAUUGCUACCUUAUUUGAUGGACAUUGUGAAAGAAGAAUCCAGUGCUUCAGAAAUUGAAAUAGUCGAUGUAGAAGUUCCAAAUAAAUUGCAGGAGUUAAGUGGUUUGAGUCCUAAAAUGCCUUCGCUUAAGGAAAAUGAUUGUGCUGCUAAACUUGAGUGUGUUGGAGCACAGACUAAUCCUACAGAUAGUUUCGAGGAUGAAGAGAUUCAAAAGUUUGAUGAAGAACAGCCCUGCGUUCUGCAGAAUUUGAUUAGUGUACAACAUCAGUUGGAGCACAGAAGUCAUGAGAAUGUUGUUAGUGGAGUUGAAGAUUCUGUGGAAGAAGAGCGCAUUCCAAUGGAACCUGAUUCUGUUCUCAGUGCAACAGCGGCAAGAGAUAGUGGGAGAAAUAUGGAAGUCAGCACUUUGCUUACUGGGAAACCUAAUAUAAACGACACAUCAGUUGGGUGCAUGAGUAUCGGCAAUGAAUCAUGCCAGAAAAGUGGCACCAAUUGGAAGUCUGAAACGUUUCUUUCUCCUUGUUCACGCAUGAGGGUCUUCAAAGCUCCUAGCUCAGUUAGUUAUAGAAAACUGCUUCCAUAUCUGAUUGAUGUUGCAAAACAGAACUCGUGUGAUUCGAAAGUAAUCCAACACCCAAAGCCUCAGAUAGAUUCUCCAGAUAUACACCCACUAUCAUAUGCUACGUCUCAUGAAGGAAAUCCUGUGAAGAAAAUCAGAAUGGAAAGUUUCUCUGAGCAACUUCAUAUUGAAGAUGAGGAGCAAAACUUACUGCUUGCUCUAGUCCCCAAAGACAACGUUUCAUCCGGUGAUACUGAUAAUAAUCUGAGUCCAUCAACUCCACCAUUGUACUCCAAUAAUUCAUCUAAAGUGGGGCCAAGUUCAAUAGUUUCUGGUGACACCACUGAUUUGGUCAUGCCACUUGAUUUACCAAAGGAAGAAAGAUUGUUGGUUCAAAAUAGUCCCAAGAAGUUUGAAUCAGAAAUUUCCCAUAACGAUACCAUGGAUUGCAAUGGGAAAUCCAAUUGUUCGGCAGUUGAAUCAUGCUCUAUAUUUGAUCUUGACAUUUUGACAGAUACAAAAACGAAAUGCAUGGCUGUCAAUGUGGAAGCUUAUAAAUCCAAUGAAGAGCUAGUUGAAAAAGUUACUUCCGACCAAAGCCAAUCUCAAAUUGAAGUUUCUGGCACUUUGGUUGCUCAUACUGAUGUUCCUUUCAAGGGAAUACUCAAGAAAAAUCCGAAAGGGUGCAGAGGGCCAUGUAAUUGUCUGAACUGUGCUUCAUUUCGUCUUCACGCUGAAAGGGCAUUUGAGUUUUCAAGAAACCAGAUGCUUGGCGCAGAAGAAGUUGCUUGGAACUUGAUGAAGGAAUUAGCAAAUGUUCGUCAUAUAUUGGAAAAAUCUGCUGUUAAUGAGAAUGAUCUCACAACCAUCCAACUUAAUCAGGCUCAGGUUAAACAAGUAUGCAAUAAAGCUCUGGAAACAGAAAAUCGAGCAAAAGAAAGCCUCAGCCAAUUGAACUAUGACCUCAAUAUCCAUUGCAGAAUCCCAGAAUUGCGGCCGUCAAGUGUUACAUUUGCCAAUUACAUUCAGGAAAGAGUUAUUCCAAGGACAGAUGUGUCGAGUAGUCCAGAAACACUGGAUAAAUGGUUAAAUAAAGAGAACUUGUAA